GACUGACAAUAACUCAGUGUGCCACAGAGACUGAAAUCAUCUCAAAAUGGACCAUCAGGACCACAUGAAUUCUGGACAGGUGGGUGACUCUCAGCACUCUCCUGGGAACAACAUAGCAUCUGGUGUAGGCAACAUGACCAUCGAUGACAGCCAUCAUCAAGACAUGAAGAAUAGGAGAGCAGCACAUAUGGGAACGGGUGAUGGGCCAGUGAAAGAGGACACACUUGAACCAACGACUGAAGUGACCAUCCCAAAGCCUGUUUUUGAAGACUCCGAACCCAAGCCCUCCUUUGAUAAAGAUGUGCCAUUGGAAGAGUUAACACCCGGAAGCCCGCCCGAGAGUGGCCGGAGCAGUGCGGCAUCAGUGGAUGGGGAGGGAGAGCGAGAGAAUGGGGAAAAGGAGAGCUCUGUCAGCCCAAGAGAGUCUCCAAUGUCUCCACAUCCACUACCGACCACUCUUGCUGAUGAUUUGGGUUCAGGCAUCACGGGUUUUGACAGCCAGAUGAAGAGGAGUCCCUCAGAAACGAUGACUGACCAUCAUAGUGCCAGUGGAUCUGAGGAGGAGGAGAAAGAAGAAAAUGAAAUGGAGAAGUCUGGGAGAAGAUUUUCUCCUGGUGUGGAAGAAGCUCCCAAAAGUGCUAUCAACAUAAAAGAGGAUGAAGAAGAGGACAAAGUAGUAAGUGAUGAAGAAAAGGAAGUAACUGGAGUUUCCUUGGUGCCCAGUUCUGUCACCCCAGACUUGUCAACCCAGAAAGACGACAACAUUCAUGACGAACAUGAAACCCCUACUCAUCUUCGCAUGACCUCAGAGGAAGCUAAAAAACGUGGCCUAUCAUUUGACUACACAGAACCUCAGGAUCCCGGUCAUCAGGGUGGUCCUGUGGGCUGGGAAUGCAGCUCUGACAAAACACCACCAGAAAGCAAGAGCCCCGACUCCUGCAGGGUGGAUCCGGGAUCACCUCUUUCUCCCAGUGCUGCUGCCGACCGUACCCAAGAGGAAUCAUCUCUAACAGACUUCCAAACUGAUGCUCGGGGGGAAGAAGAGGAAGUAGAGUUACCAGAACCUGAACAAGAAGAGGAGGCUACCGCCGUUCCUCUGUCUUCUCAAGAAGUUGCUGCACCCAAGAUGGAGCCUAAGGCAGAGGAACAUAGAGAACCUGAAGAAGCAAAAGAUAUCAAGCAGGAGAAAUAUUUGGAGACGAGCGAUGAUGAUCACAUUGAUACGGAGAAGGUCCAGUCUGUUGCCACACCUGAGCCUGUUGCCACUCCUGAGCCUGUUGCCACUCCUGAACCUGUUGCCAAAACCGAACCUGUUGCCGCCAAAGCUAAGGAUGCCGUUAAGCCCAGCGCCCAAGUAAUGCCCACAAAAGCACAAAGCAAAGCAGCUCCUGUCAAAGAAUCUCCAGCCAAAAAAACAAAGAAACUCGUCACUUCAGUUGCUGCCACUCCUUCCCCUAUCUCUGCUCCCAAACUUCAGAAAACUCCCUCUAAAGAUGCUGCUCCGGCCAGAAAAGCAAGUGUCCCAUCCAAAGGUCUGUUUUUCCGUUCUGUUCCUCCAAACUCCUCACAGAUCUUUAUUUCUCCUUCCCUUUUCUUCUUUUUAAAGUCUGACUCACCUAAAACCCCAGACCGUAGUGGUUGCAACAGCCCAGCCAGUCGAUCCUCUACCCCUGGACAACAAGUGAAGAAAGUAGCGGUGGUGCGCACCCCUCCUAAAUCACCUGGUUCAUUGAGAUCUCGCGCCCCGAUUGCUCCUGUUGCACCCAUGCCUGACCUGAAGAGCGUCAAGUCCAAGAUCGGCUCCACUGAGAACAUCAAAUACCAACCUGGAGGCGGGAAGGUUCAGAUAGUGCACAAAAAGAUCGACCUAAGCAACGUCCAAUCAAAGUGUGACUCCAAGGGCAACAUUCAUCACAAACCAGGAGGUGGAAAUGUGGAGAUCAAAUCUGAGAAGUUGGACUUCAAAGCCCAGUCAAAGGUUGGAUCUCUGGAGAACAUUGGACAUGUUCCUAAGGGUGGACAGAAGAAGAUUGAGAGCCACAAGCUAAAUUUCCGAGAGCAAGCCAAAGCGCGCACCGACCACGGCGCUGAUAUCGUGUGCCGGUCCCCUGACAUUUCCACGGAUGGAUCUCCCCGUCGCCUCAGCAACGUGUCUUCCUCCGGCAGCAUCAACAUGACCGACUCCCCACAGCUGUCCACGCUAGCUGAUCAGGUGUCGGCCUCCCUCGCUAAACAAGGCCUGUGAGCUGCCAGCUGAAGCGUGUCGGCAAUUGAAAAAAAGUUACAAAUGUUUCUCCUUCAGUCCUUUCAAAUAAGGUGCUUGUUGGAUUUGUCCUAACUAAAGGUUGUCCCAGCGGCUUGUCUGCUUGUGAAAUAAUUUUUGCCUCCUGGCACGGAGAGACAGGUAUUGAUAUUAUUGGCUUAGUAUCAUCAAAAGAAAAAAUUACAAUUUAAAAGGAGCUGGUGGUGUAUUGAUCCAAAUGGUCAUUUACAGCACUGAGUAGCCUGAUUUUGUUUGUUUAAUACCCCGUUUUUUAAAAGAAACAACAAUGACAUUUGCUUUCAAAGCUGUAUUUGCUUCGUUGCCUUAUUGUGAAUGUUUUUAUUUACCAUAACUUAUGCACUCCUGUAUUGACAUGCAGCAGUAGGGAAGGCAAACAUGCUACAUGGUUUGGAAGGGUGCAGUUAAUGAUACUGGCUGUGAAUUUGAUAGGACAGAAACAUUUCAAACGCUCUAAGGUAAAACUUGAGGCAAUCAGGCUGUAGCGGACACAUUUAACAGCAGUAGUGGCCUGCUAUAUCAUUAUUUAAAUCAAACACAUUAGCGAUCACUAUAGUGCAUGUUUUGUUCCUUAAUAAAAGCUGUUAAAUUCACUAAACACCUCAAUUGUGUGUUUGGUCCAAAAUAAAACAGUAAAGAUAAAUCAUUAUUCAGAUCUGUCUGGGAUGCUGUAAUUCUAAUAUCAUAAAUUAGAUAUUUCUGUACCAGACUUUGUCUGAAUUCUUCAAAACGGCACAUCCUCAUUCAUCACCACAGCAAAUUCUCAAGGCUUAUCUGUCCUCGAUUGCACUGGAAGUUGCAUCGCUGUAUGAAAUCUUCUGGCUUGGCCUCUAGUGACUCUUUUGACAGAGAAGAAAGCAAAUGUCAAUUUACAAAAAUCAUACAAAACUUUGAGAUAAAGCUGUUGUAGUACAGGGCUCAACAUUAAGGAUUUUUGUCUACCUGGAUAGUCGUUUACAUUUUUAGCAACAUAUGUUGUCUAAAAAUAUACAUUUUAAUUUGAGAUUGUCUUUUGAAAAUGAUUUAAUGCAAGUAAUUAGAAAUGUAACGCCAUGAAAUCUAUGACAUUUGGCGUAUAGCUUGUUGGAAAAUAUAAAAAAAAAAAUUUAUUUUAUUUUUAGCGACAUUUUGUCUUAAAAAAUUAGAGAUGAUCUAUUUACAAUUAUUUAAUGCAAAUAAUAAAAAAUGUAACUCCAUGGAAGAUUCAUUUUAAUGCGAAACAUAAAUGUCAUAUAACGCAAAACCUUACUAAUAAUAUCUACUAAUUAAUGACAACCAUUUCAGCGCAUCCAAUACAUCGCUUGAAGUUUCAGUUUUCAAAACAAAAAUGAUUGCUAUGAUUAAGUUUUAUGAGACCAAAUAUAAGAUUUCAGGCCCCGGAUCACAUUGUCAUCCUUAUUGUUGAGCUCUGAAGUACCUUGCCCUGCACAAGCCCCAUCAAACUGAUAUCACUCUGUACAUUCUCUCCUUGUUUCCUUUAACUCAUCUCUGUAUGGUCACGAUGCUUCUGUAUUGAUGGAUUUCAGCUUCUGCGUAUAAAAUGCUGUUCCAAAGCAUGUGUAUGGACCAAUGCAAAGGACAUGAGAGGAUUUCAAAGCACUCAAUAAAAUAACUAACAUCAUAUCGGGAAAUCUCAUAUUGGGAACAGACAGCUGAAAAGUGCCUCCCGGUGUCCAUCAGCUGCAUUUGAGAAAACAACUGUCAGUUUGAAAGAUUCUCUGUGGUCUAAGAUGGAUUCAGUCAUGUACAGAGUUGAUUCCCAGAGCAGGACAUUUAACACAUUAGCCAAGCUCCCCUCAGUAUUAAAGCCUUCAAUAUAUCAUCAAUCCAAACCACAACGCUCACACGCUGCACAUUCCCAGCAUGCAAUGGACUUCACCCAUGGUCUUGAAUAUAGUAACCAGUCACCACAUCCCCGUCCAACUGUUUAGAAAACUACCUUUACUAGAGCGUUGAACUCAUCUUAAAACAUGCAAAGAAAGAGGGGGAAAAAAGUGGAGGAUGAAGCUACCUGCUAAAAUCCAGGUUUAUGUUGCACUCUUUUUUUCUAAUAGUAUUGUGUGGACGAUGUUAAAGAUGUACGAAUGUGUUCAGAUGAUCUGAUUUGGGUCUGACACUAAGCAUUUUAUUUAAUAUCCAGCUUUAUGCUCAUUUGAAAGUGAAUGCACUGAUUUGACAGAAGAGCUGCCUUUACACAAACUACAUUACUCAUUUAGAUGUAUAUCUUGCAUAUAUAAUAUUGGGUAAAAUAGGGGGAAAUUUGCAUCCAGAAUCCACAAUAUCAGUAAAGGACUUGCCUAGAGCCACAUAUAUCUCACAUGACCCUGUGAGAAGCUUUAGACGGACUGCUGUAAACCCAACACUGGCCGUCCUUUGAACAGCAUGCUGCUAACAUAAACCUGAGCAUUUCGACGUGUGGGUUAAGCUGAAGAACAGAAUUAUCAGAUCAAAUGUUUAAAAAUGGCACUGGAUAAGGCCUUUUAAGUAAUUCUACCCUUUAGCUGUUUCAGACGGUUCUGUAAUCUGUUGACCGGUCGCGAGGUCUCUCUCUAUCUCUCCUCCGUUGCAUUUCCCGCCUCUGCUCUUCUCAUCGCAGUUCUUCUUUCUAGCUCGAGAGUUGUGAUCGUCUUUAUCGUAAUGUGUUUUAUUAAUUGGUUUACACUGAUACUCCUUGCUGUAAACGUGAAUUUGGAAAUAAAGUCCGUAUUAAACUGC